UCAAACACCAUGAACAUGUUCACCCGUUCGGACCUCCAGGCAUACAAACGCCUCCAGGACCUCUGGGCGGGCAAAAACAAAUUUUUCUGCUCCUGCGACUUUGUCUACUUCCUCCAGUCGGUCAUUAAAGGAGGCGAAGAUGUGCAUUUAUCAGACGGAGAGGACGCCUACGUCUGCGAUUCCCCUCUCUACCUGCAGGGGGAGCCAGCGGGGCGGGUGAGGCUCUCUGUGGUUGUGUGCCGGCGGGUUUUGUUUGUGUCCGUGAGUUGUGUGGUGGCGUUGAUCAUUGGCGUCUUGGUGUGUGUCCUGCUGUGGCGCCUUCAUGCGUUCUGGUAUAUCAGGAUGAUGUGGGCGUGGCUAAAGGCCAAGAGAAGCUCCCGGCGGCGACAACGAAGAGAAGAGCUGCUAUCUUACGACGCCUUUGUGUCGUACAGCGAGAGAGAUGCUAGCUGGGUGGAAAACUUCUUGGUACCCGAGCUGGAGGAGCCGAGGGAGAACGAUGGAGACUCUCUGAAUCCCCGACCUCUGACCCUGUGCCUCCACAAACGGGACUUCCUUCCCGGUCACUGGAUUGUGGACAACAUCAUGAGCGCCAUGGAGCGCAGCCGGCGGACCGUCUUCAUUCUGUCCGAGAACUUCGUCCAGUCCGAGUGGUGCCGCUACGAGCUCGACUUCUCCCACUUCCAGCUUUUCGAUGGGGAGACCGGCAGUAAUGCGGCCAUCUUGAUCCUGCUCGAACCGCUGUCCAAGGAUGACAUACCGAAACGCUUCUGCAAACUGCGCAAACUCAUGAGCUCCACCACCUACCUGGAGUGGCCUCGGGAGGAGGAACGAAGCGGGGAAUUCUGGAGGAAAGUCCGCAACGCUCUGAGAGACGAAGAAGAGGAGGAGGAGGGUUGAGAGGGAAAGUCAUUUGCAUUUUAGAAUGUGUAAGUGUUGCCCAAUGAAAAGUACGCCAAAAGCCCUAUGAAUACCCGCAUUGGUCACAACGGUCAAAAAGUUACCCCUAUUUCUGGCUAUGUAACGGAAGUGUCAAAAAGAAGCCACCAAAUAAUUAAUGGGGUUAGUUAAGUAGUCUGUAAUGACUCAGUAAACAAUAACGUUACUUGGUGGCUAGCUAGCUAACAGUCGUAACAUCACAUGUGCAAUUUAAAACAACACUUUAUGGUUGAAGUUCACAAACUGCACACGUGUUCACAGUGCACAACAUGGCAGUGUACGAAGGGAAGUAUCCACAUUGAGACACAGCAUUAGGGUUCAUCCCAAGUGGGACAUUUAUUCGCUCCUAAACUUAACCGGAAGUUCUUUUGGUGUGCCAUCUUGAAGACCAUCCCAAAGCGUGAGGAUCGAGGAAAGAUGAGCAAGGAAGCACCUGAGCGUCCUUUAGUGAAGUUUUAUGAACCGCGGAUACGCCCCCUUAUUGUGUAUUGGUCACUCAUUGGACGCUGCAGCUGAUUGGACAGAACCAAUGCAUCUCAACAUCCAUUUGGGAGGGUAUGUCCGACAAGUGGUGUACAUUUCUGAAACCGUCAAUCGGGCGAUCAAGCUUGAUUCUGCUGUGUUGCUUUAGAAAUGAUCAGUUUGUGUCCCAUUACAGACACACCUUUUGGUCUUCACGUAAUCAACAAUCUGCAUUAAUCAGAUCAUUCUGGUAGAGCCAAGGGUUUGUUUGGCUCAAAUAUUACUUUGCAGGUGUUUGUUUUAAUGACAAUGAGAAAUAAAAAGGCUGUGAUGA